GUGAGUCAUCAGACUAGAAAAAGGCUGGUGCGUACCUAAAACAGACUGACUUGUCUCCCUGUACGUAGAUACCUAAUUGAUACAGCCGUCCCAGACAAUCAAAGUGCCUAAAGGUGCUGUCUGCGUUCAAAAUGCCUCCAAUCGUGUCCAAACUAGCGACUGUCUUCCCAGCGGACCAAAUGGUCGAACUGCUGAAGCACAUCGACGAGAAUGUGCGACAGAUCGUGUCUACUAUGAGGGAACAAGGAGCCGAGGUUCGGGGGAAGGUGGUAGUUCUUCUCGAUAAGUAUUUGGAUCUGCUCUCCGGGGCUCUGCGUGAGUGCAUGCUCUUCAGGAACUUCAUCGAGAUGUUACAGAAGAAUCUUGAAGGCAUUGAGGACAUCCUUACCCUUGUGAGAAAUGGUACUGUCAGUGAGGUCCUGACAGACCUCAGGCUGGAAAAGUACCUGCCAAAUUUCGAGAAGGAAGACCUGAAUUUUGCCUACCAGCUGAUGAGGGCUGACUUUGAUGUAGAGCAGGUUUAUCUGCCCACCCGAGCGGCCAAGGAGGCACUGCAUGACCGCAUCCAGGAAUACCGCGUUGAUCUCAGUACGAUAAAGGAUCGUAUUGGGGAGGUGAAAGGCGAGGGGGAGAAGUGCUUAAAGUCCUGUCAGGAGAUCACGAAGCAGUUCAAGGGAUUCCUUGAAGAGAUCAAGGAGACACAGGAGAGCAUCAGCAGUCUGCUGGGACAACAUCGUAACCGAGAAACAAUCAUGUUUGGGUCAUUCCUCGCGGCCCUGGGAAUUUCUGUUGCACUUCUUAUAGCAUGUGUAGGAGGUGCCGCAACAGCUUGCUGUGCGAUGUUUAUUGGAGCAGUGGCCAUGGUCAUUCCAGCUGAGGUGGCAGGAGGGUUGGCUAUUGCCGGUGGUGUGACUUCUGUGGUCUCAGGGAUAGCAGCAUGGGGUAUACACAAAAAGAAGAAAGAGAUGGAGAAAAUUGGUGAAGCCCUGGAGGAGUUGCAGAAGCAGCUUGAUGCGAUGCACCUUGAUGCCGGCAAGCAGAAGACUGACUGGGAGAAGAUCGCCACCCAGGCAGAGAAGAUCGUUCACUACAUCGACAACUCAAGGAUGGAGAGAGCCGCAGGCAACCUCCAGCCCAGCCACCGCCGCCCGGUGCAGGAAGUGCUUGACGGGGUCCAGGCGGUGUUGGAAGAUGCUGCAAUCCUCCAGGCUAACGUGGUCCAGUUCAAGAAGGAGGCAGAGCGUGUGCAGGGAAACCUUCGUGACCUGUCUCUGUUGAAGGAAUCAGACAAGGUACUUGCUGUUCCAGUAGGAGAGAGUGCAUCGCACUUCCAGGGUUUGUACAACAUGAUAACUGGGUUUGUGGCAGCUUUCAAGAAGGGAAGCAGCAGCGACCAAGGUCAGCUCAGCACUGCAUUGUCUAAGGCUCUGAAACUGCAGUGAUAGGCUGGGUGUUGGGCUGCCAAGGCCAGGGAUAUUCCCCUUUCCCUGUUGUUCUAAAGAAUCUAUUUGUCCUAAUCCCCAAACAUUCCUUCUCUCCUUCUUAGUUCGAAAUCCCUUUCGACAAAGUAUUUUUAUCACACCUUUUUUCUGAUAUUUGCCUGGAAUUGUGACAAAAUAUAGCUGCAUGAAAAGUAAGGAAGAUAAUUAGCAGAUCACAAUUUGAAUAUUCGGUCAAAUAUAGACGUAAACCUGUGGCAUUAACAUUGGUGUGUUAUUCUUUACAAUAAUUGAUGUGCACUGCAAAAUCACCUUGUAACUCAUCUAUAUGCAUCAUAAGGUAACCCCCGGAACACUUUAGACCGGAGUUUACGAAUUAAUUCAUC